GACGACGAUGCAGUAAAACAAGAUGAUGACGACGAUGAUGACGACGAUGAUGAUGACGACGACGAUGAUGAUGACGACGAUGAUGAUGACGACGAUGAUGAUGACAAGAAAGACGACGAUGAUGAUGAUGAUGAUGAUGAUGACGACGACGAUGAUGAUGACGACGACGAUGAUGAUGAUGAUGAUGAUGAUGAUGAAGAUGAAGAUGAUGAUGAAGACGAAGAGUACAAAGAGGGCUCCCUCUGCAAAUACUGCUCCUUCUGCAAGCACUGCGAUGAGUGUGACAAAUGCCCCUGUGAGGAGAAGGAUAAGAGCGAGCACUGCAAGAACUGCGAAUACUGCAAGUUCUGUUAUGUUUGCCCAGUUAUAUGUGAGACAGCCUGCAAACCAGGGAGCUACGUAGAUGAGAUUUCAGGAUCUCUGUUUCAGACUGUCGCCCAGAUAUUUGAAUAAAUGUGCCCGGAACAGACCACCAGGCACCCAAUAUAAUUUAUAUGAGUACUUCUGAAAACCAGACUCUGAUAUUUUCUCACAUUUUAAAGACAAACGUCAAACAUGGACUGAAAACCUGAUCAGAUGGACCUAAACCUAUUCCUUCCUCUUUGAGGCAACCCUGCCAAGUCAAGGCUUCGGAUGUGCGGGUGUUGGCACAUACUGGCACUUGAGGAGGUUCUAGUUUGUGCUACCCAUCUCCACAAUCAAAUAAACACUUAAUAUUGUGCUUUUCUAAAUGUCAGCUGGAUUGUCGCCUAACACCACCUAAUUCGUCCUGUUCUUUCUAGAAUUGAGGUUUCCCAACAGGCCAGCAUCAUGGUUAUGUGCUUUGAUGUAGGUGGCUUGGUUUGGGAUGUGAAAGUGCCACCUUAGCAGAUCCUGCUCCCCUCGAGGAACCUCUGCAAACAAGGCAGCAUUCUGGGGUAUUUAAGAAGACUGAGACACAAUGAGCUGAGGGUGACAGAAAGUCCAUACGCGUUCUUGUCCCACAUCUAGAGCCGUCAAUUAUAGAACUUGUUGAUGUCAACACCGUGAGCUUUCUGACCAGCCAAGGGGAAGAAGCUGAAAUGGGACCUUUUCUCCGUCUCCAGCACUGAGACACUCAGUAAGUGAGUGAGCACUCGCCGGGAGAGGUGGGUGGCGUCAGCACAGCUCAAUCCAGUCAUGUUUCAUUAUUUUCCUGCACAAAGGAAUUUGUCAUUAACCUGAAUACUGAAAUAUUUAUUUAUUUUUUUUGUUUGUCAGAUGUUAAAAGUCUUUAAGAAUUAAAUAAUAAAUGGGAUUGUGGUCUCCUUGG